AUGUCUGAUGGAAUCCCGUGGCCUCCCGUUUCCCCCCGUGCAGCACUCCUGAGUUCGCCCAGCGGGCGGAGAAAGUACGAGGCAUAUCAGAGUUCCUAUUCCCCCGUGAAACGAACCGCAUCGACCCCUAAUCUCCUCGAUCAGCUUCGAGCGGCUCGAAAAGACAAAGAGUUCUCAUCUCAAGACGAGAACAUGGAGGAGGAGAUCGAAGAAGAUGAAGAGACUCUACAACUGAAACUGGCCGCCAUCGAGGCAAAGUUGAAGUUGAAGAAGCUGCAGCAGAACAAAGCCCGAGCAGCUACUCCCGGGAGAGUCUCCUCACAGUCAAGCUCGGCCCAUGGCUUUGAUUCAGCGGUAUCGAAGCCUCAUGCCAGACAUCAGGAGCCCUUACCAGAGCCUGCAAAAGUGGAGGUCAAGGGAUCGCCCGUCAGAAGAGCACAGCCAUCCGUACAACCGAGAUCUCCUUCGCGUGUUUUGCUAGGAAUCGAUAAGGGCAUGCGCGGCAGCGACAUUUCACUCCGCAGGGCCAACACCACGGCCGGGGCUAGUCGCACGAGAACCGAAUUUCCCGUGGUUGGCGGCGACCGACCGUCCUCACGAUCGUCAGCAUUCAGUUCCGCCCGCUCGGCCCUAACCACGAAGUCUACAUUCAAUGAUAGAAGCGGCGGCAAGACGUUCAGCGAGAGAAUGGCCGAGGCACGCGAGCGCACGAAGACCUCCGAGCAACGGCGCGAGACGAUCAGCCGCAAUCGCAGCAAGGGGCUUGAGCUGGACCAGGCGGAACUUGAAAAGUAUCGGUUAGCUGCUGAAGAGUCUCGAAGUCGCGAACCUCCAAGAUCACCACGACGCAUGACCCAACAUGAAGCAUACAGUCGGGAAGACAUCCUCAAGGCCGCAAAGGAAGCGACCACGAAGACGCGCCUGUUGGAAAAGAAGCAGACGAAGUCCAACCACAAUGCACCGCUCUCGAGGCCAUCACCUCGAGACUCCGAUACGGCCGUCCCAGGUCAAGCCGACAGCUCGCUAUUCGAAAGGUUCUCGCAACUGCACCUCACGUCGCGCAUUUUACCACACUCCUUCCUCAAACGUACCCUCCCCUCGGACAAAUUCACAGUGCUGCGCGUCCCCGAUCUCCUGAGACAAGUCAAAUCGCCCGACUUCGAUCUCCCGGAGACGAUAUGCGACUACGUCGUCUGUGGGGUGAUUGCGUCGAAAUCCUCGCCUAUGGACCAGAAGGCGCCACCACCGGACGGGUCCACGGUCGGCACGAAGGACUGGGAACGGCAAUGGGAAGACGGGUCCAAGAACCAGCGACGAUUCAUGGCCCUGACUAUCACGGACCUCAAAUGGACCGUCGACCUGUACCUGUUCGGGACGGCAUUGCCGCGCUACCACCGCCUCACGCCAGGCACUGUGGUGGCCAUUCUGAACCCGGGGAUCAUGCCGCCCAAGCACGGCAAGACAGACACCGGCGCCUUCAGUCUGUCGUUGAACAGCGGCGACGAUACGGUCCUGGAGAUCGGCACGGCCCGCGAUCUGGGAUAUUGUAAGACGGUGAAGAAGGACGGCAAGGAGUGCGGCAGCUGGGUGGACGCGUCCAAGACCGAGAUCUGCGAAUGGCAUCUGAACGCCGAACUCAACAAGACUCGCGCCACACGCAUGGGCGUCAACACCGGCACCAACGGCUUCGGCGGGACCGGGGCCGGCAGUCAUCGGUUCUUCGAUAGAACCAGAGCCUUCUCCAAUCAGCGCAACAAUGAGCUUUUGCCUAAAGACGGCCACAGAUACAACAAGUUCACGGGGAGUCAUUUCUACAUUGCUCGCUCCAACACUGGACCCACGGCAGGUGGUCGUCGCACUGCUGGUGGUGGCGGGGGUCUGGGGUUUGGGCUGGACGAUGACCCGUUCAUUCCGGCAAGGGAGCUCGAGCGUGAUCGAGACGAGCGACUUAGGAAACAUUUCGCCACGCAGGAAAAGGAACGCGAGAUCGCCGAGAAGCUGGGUGCGGGAUGUCAUGCGGGCAGUGGCGACGCAGGGGCUGCAUAUUUGCGCCACAAAGCAAACAAGUCUCGCGCUGGACCUGGAGAAGACUCUCGCGGCUCAGGUCCGAGUGAGAACACCGCCGGUGACUCGUCGUUGUCUCACAACGACAUUCCCUUUUCCCGCGGCGCAAUUCUCUCACACGAUAUCAAGGACGCUAUGGCCACCGGCACUGGGGGCGGGAUCUCUCGCAAACGUACCGCCGCCGAUGUCAGGCUGUCACCGGUCAAGAAGACGCGCUUCGUCACCUCUCGAGGCAUCAAGGAGGCUGGCCGGGAGAGUCUGGGCGCCAGUGUCGCCGCCGCCGCCGCUAUGUCUGCAUCUGACUCUCGGAAAGCGCAUGCUCGUGGUGAUGUAAGUGGUAGCGAAGAUGAUUUGGAGAUUGUCUGA